AUGAUCCUUCAUUCUAUUCACGGGAUACUCUGCGCGAUCCUCCUCUUACUCGCACUCUGCUCUGCCGCCGAAGAUACUUCCAGCGAUGCAUCAAACUCAGCUCUGUACGACAUGGUCCCAGACUGUGCGAAGGACUGCGUUGAUAGCUUCAUCAAGUCCGAAUACACACCAAUGGAAUGCAAGUCACCGUCCAACAUCAAGUGCCUUUGCCGCACCCAGACAGAAAGUGGCUUGACAUUGGGAGAAGCAGCUUUGAGCUGUGUUUUGUCCUUAUGCUCACAGACAAUAUCCGCAAAGUCCAAGGCUUAUCACAUAUGCGACUCGGUGUCUGAGGCUCUUCCGAAAACACACCAGACGAUUACCGCGACGAUAUUUUCCGAUACAAGUACAACGGAGAUGAGUGAUGCAGAAACUACUCCAGUAGCUUCGAUAACUGAACACGGCUCGGAGGCCUCUGCGACACCAUCUAUAUCGACAUCGACAUCGACAUCGAUAUCGGCAUCGACUCCGACGACAACUACUCCCACCCAAACAUCUGUGAUCACAUUCUAUGAUUCUUCUUCAUCUUCGGGGCCUCAAGUGGAACCAACGUCCUCUACUGAACAAAGUUCCAGUGAAUCUUCUGAAGCUACGGAUAAGAAAGGUGAUCAUACUGUUACUCCAGCGGCAGUCAUUGGAAUGUCAGUAGCAUCAGGUGUGGCAGGGUCUUUCAUCAUCGGCGUUGCGGUGUUUUUCUGCUGCAAGAGAUGGCGUCGAAAACAGCGAGACCAGGCACCACCACACAUCUUUGAGAUCGGAGGCGCCAUGUCUGAGCCGUCUGACUUUUCGAAACCGAUGCCACCACUCCCAACAGACGGUUUAGGUGUAGGGUCUUCAUACAGCCCAAGGAGUGGUCGUGAGACAAUGUCACAACGACCGGGUACCUUUCAUUCAAUGGCCACCGUUCACCCACAGUCACAAUACACGCCUCAAUCCGCUGCGGCAUAUCACUCGAGUCAGAGCAAAGGGCCCAAAGAUCAAGAACGGAUAGGUUUUGCCAUUAGCUCCGACUCAGACUGGGAAACCUCGCCUCGGACACAAUCCUCACAGCACAGCGUAGCACGACUCAUACCAGAUCCUGCAGCUGGACUAUACCCAAAGCCGCUGAAGUGGAGUCAUCGGCCACCUAGUGGAGAGACCCUUUUUGAAGAAGACGAAAGUCAACAAGCGGCGGCGGCAGGAAUGAUUCAGAACAACUCCCCAAGGCUAGGGACCCAGCCGAAACUAGCGGGACUGCCGUCCAAUCCACGCGCAUUCAUAGAGGGAUUCACAGCAGAAAAAUUCAAACGAGGGUCCGGGGCCUCAAGUACCUUAGCGCCCCCAUUCAAUCCCAACCCAGCCUUUAGAACCACCUCAUCAAAUAGCAGCGCUGCACCCAUCCAACCCUCCGAAGCCCCACAAACCGCCUACUCCUUGAACCCAAAAACCCUCCUCGCCGCUCCCGUCAACAUUACCCAGACCCAGAACCCCAGCCUGUCACCAGGACGACAGGCCCCUCAGCAUUGCCCCGCCCCUUCAUCAACAACUUUCCCCCAGACUCAGAGAUAG